AUCUAGUUCCAUCGCGAACUACACAAUUAUUAUUUAUAGGCCACAUUUUUUUGUUUUCUUUUAACGUUAACAUUUCGUUUGGAUCUUAUUAUUUUAGUUUUUUGAUAACACCAACGACAUAUAGAUUUCCGUCGCACAAUCACUGCCUCCGCCUCCUGCUCCCUGCAUCGCUGCACAAUUCGGCCGAGAUCUCCGCAUCGAAAAAUGUUGAAGCUACGUAACCUCCUAGCCAUCGGCGGCAACAACAGCAACCACGGCAGCGGACUGCUGGCUGUCCGUGCUCUGUCCACCACGGCUAGCUGCAAGGAUUCGGAAUCAUGGUUCUCAAAGCUGCUCGUCCGGAAAAUAGAGCCAACCAAGGAGCCGCACAGCCGCAUGCUGAGCGACAAGGAAAUUAUCUAUGCCCUGCAUACCCACAAUGUCAGGCCCGAUUCCAUGAGCAACUACCUAAACAACUACAAAACGACGGUGGCUUUAAUCAACGAUAAAAAGGCAAAUCUCUCCUGCGAUUUGGUGGCCUCUUGGACCGUCCAGGUGGGCGAUAUGGAUCAGUGCCUGCAUCUGUGGAAGUACACCGGUGGCUUUGAGAAAAUCGAUCAGGCCAAGGAGGAUCUGUGGAACGAUCCAGAGUAUCUCAGCCUGAUGCACGAACGCUCCAAGUUCCUGCGCUCCCGCCAUUUGCAAUAUCUCCUGGCCUUCAGCUACUGGCCACAGAUUGCCAGUCGUCCCGGCAAGAAUAUUUACGAAAUGCGAUCCUAUCGACUGACCCCUGGCACCAUGAUCGAGUGGGGCAACAACUGGGCCCGGGCCAUUAACUAUCGCAAGCAUAACAACGAGGCAUUUGCCGGUUUCUUCUCGCAGAUUGGGCGACUCUACAAUGUCCAUCAUAUUUGGUGUUACAAAUCUCUGCAGGACCGCAAGGAGACCAGGGAGGCUUCCUGGCGCACUCCCGGCUGGGAUGAGUGUGUGGCCUACACAGUGCCCCUGAUCCGGGACAUGCACUGCCGCGUCCUAGCCCCCACUGAGUUCUCGCCCACACAAUAAGCAAAAAAAAAAAAAAAAAAACGGUGCACUGUUUCGAUUUUUCGCAAUCCAAAAAAAAAGAAGAUAAUCGAAACUUGCUGUCGCGAGUUUAUGUACAUAAUGCCAGCCACCCAUUUAAUCAUCUUAGUGUUCUCUUAGUAUAAAUUAAGGUCAAAGUGGACAUACAUAUUUCUCCUAAAUUUGUACAUGCCUCCGGAACUAUAUUAUGAUCGAUCUAUGUAAGCACAAUGUUUGAAUUUAACCCAAAAAGAUGAAAAGAAA